GUUUCCUUCUGUCAAGGCUUCUGUGAACAGGGAUAGGUGAGCUAUUCUGGCCAAUGUUACCAAUUUUUCUCAGUGAUGAAGACCUGGGUUGAAGCCGAGGCAUUCUGUCUCAACCUCGGAGGACACCUCGCCUCAGUGCACAACGCCGAUGCCAAUAAAUAUAUCACCAGUUUCAUUAAAAGCAAGGACUCUUCUGGCCCUGUCACUUGGCUUGGAGCCUCCGACUGCCAGCAGGUUUCAGUGUGGCUCUGGACAGACGGGUCAAAAUGGGAUUAUACCAACUGGAAUAAAGGUGAACCCAGCAAUGGCAACAAUGUGGAGAGGUGCCUUCAUAUCAACUAUGCAGUUGAAAAUGGCUGGAAUGACGACAACUGUGUAUCAGAGUAUCCAUUUGUCUGUGUGAAAGAUAACAACUGACAGCAGCAAUGAAAAACUUUGAAGAUGCACAUAUUUCAAUACUUCAGUACUUUCAAUACUUUCUGUCUGUGACUAAAUAAAGUAACUCUAGCAUUCA